CCCGGCUCUUCUGCUCCUCUGCUCCCUGGGUGUGUGAGCCAGGAUAGCCGCUCCUCACAGCGGAGCUCUGGGCUGCAAAGAACCGCAGGGAGACGAUGAAGAAGAGAAGCGAUGAGAUGGAGACGCGACAGGAGUGAGAGCGGGCGCAGGGAGGCGGGCACAGGCUCCAGGCCGUGACCGGACAUCUGAGGAACAGAGAGAGCGAGAGAGACGGACAAAGUGAGGACGAACAAGGCUGUUCUGGCUCCAUGUCUGCUCCUGCUCCAGCCAAUCGGAGGUCUGCGUCGGGCUCUCGCCGGUUUGACUACUGCAGGUUCAUAGAGCUAGACUACGUUCCCAUGGAGACAGGCUAUAUGGUCUCAAUGCGUCCGACUAAAGGCUUUGCAUCAUCAUCGACAUCAUCGCCCAGGUCGCCAAGUAAAGGAUACACGUCCACUAAGUCUCCUGACCGACACGGCCGCUCCACAAACUCUCCCUCCACCUCUCUUUCUCGGCGGACACAGGCCACCCCCAGCAAUAGAGAUCCCCAUGGCAACGCCUCCGUUAGCAGCAACUCGGGCUCUUGUAAAGGCAGCGACUGCAGCCCCACCAAAGGACGCCACCAGAAGUACACGUCGUGUACAGACAACCAUGGCAUCCGGCCUCCUCCACCGGAGCAAUACCUCACGCCCCUGCAGCAGAAAGAGGUGUGUAUCCGACACCUGCGGGCCAGGCUAAAAGAAACCAUCAACACACUGCAAGACAGGGACACAGAGAUAGAUGAGUUGAGGGGACGGCUGUACAGGAUGCAGGAGGACUGGGUUGAGGAGGAGUGUCACCGUGUGGAGGCUCAGCUGGCUCUGAAGGAGGCGCGUCAGGAGAUCCAGCAGCUCAAACAGGCUGUGGACACCGUCCGCACCAGGCUCAGUGACGCAGGUGGGCUCAGUGGGGACGUGGGGGUCCAGAAGUACUUCCAGGAUAUCAACACACAGAACCACAAGCUCGAGAACCUCUUGCUCAAUAUGGAGUUGGCCCAGGCUGGAUUAGCCAAAGAGGGGGAAGCCAUGGGCUUUCGGACCCGUGUUGGUGGUUCGGCACCAGCGUCGGUAUCAGGGGAAAGUCCUGGAGCAAUACCCAAACUGGCAGUAGGAGGGAGAGGGUCUUGUUCCUGUGAUGGUUCCCCUGCUCGGUCUCUGACCCGGAGCUCCACCUACACUAAACUCACUGAUCAGGCGUUGGCAGACCAGAAUGGCAAUGGGCAGGAUUUUCCCUGUCUGUCAGGCGAUGGCACCCAGGACAGUGGGUUUGUGUGCUGUGGAGAGAGCGGCGUUCCCAGCCGAGCAGACCUGCUGCUGGAGGCCGCCUUCCUCUCUGAGGAAACGGCAUCUUUACUCAACUCCUACACACAGGCCUUCUCUCAGUCCUUACCCCACUCUCUACCCAACUCACUGCCUCACACCUACUCCCAUACCUUACCUCGUUCUUUCCCUCACAAUUUGUCCCACUCUGUUCCCCACACUAUGCCGCACUCCUCCACCUAUGAGAAGCUGUGCACAGGAGAUCGGCUGGUGCCCUUGCGUUGUGGCCUGGGUGGAGUGAGCUGCAUGAGUCACCCAUGCCUGUCCCACCACCAUCUGUACCUGCACCCCUUGAGGGAAGCAGGCAUUCAGACUGAAAGCUGCCCAAUCCCGGCGACAGCAGGUUACCCAUCUGAUCUGGACACCAUUGCAGAGCAACGCACUUUCCGCUCCCAAGGCUGCAGCCCCACCUCCACCUGGAUUUCUGAUGAUGGGGGAGAGGAGGAUCUGGACUCCAUCACCACCACAACUUCAAUAACCACAGCGACAAUAAUGAGUACAGCAACAGAACCAAUCCCAGUUUCCAAAACACCUGUAGUCCCUCCGCUACCACGGUCUGCUACUGUGGCGUGUUCCAUGGAGAGACCUUUGUGUAGAGGGAUGGAAAAACAGGAGAUGGAAGACAGAGAGAAAGAAGCUGAGGCAACCGAGACGCAGAGUGAGGAAUUAGUGAUCAAUCUGGAGAAUGAAGAGCAGCAGAGAGCCUCAGUGGAAGGUGAUGAGGUGGAAGAUCAAUGUCUUGUGGAGGAAGCCAUGUCAGUAGAACUGUGCGAUUUCGCAGAGACAUCACCUGGGAUGCAGGGUGAGCUAAAAUUUGCAAGUUGCUGUGGAGAAACCAGGCAGGAUGGAACAAUAAUGAAAAACCUUGGCACGGAAGAAGUUGAUUCUUCAGCGGGAUCCUCUCAGGUCGAGACAAUUAUCGGAGUAUCACCCAGUGUAGAACAGCCUCAUACCUCCCAGCCACAAAGAUCUAUGUCCCACGAGGAGAUAGCUGGUGUCACUGUGGUGGAAGUGCACGAUGACAAUGAAACUCAAGAACAGAGCACAGCAGGGGGCGCCGCAGCAGAGGAGGGAGAGUCAUCGGACUCUGGGAUGAUCCAGAAAAGCUACUGGAGUCGUCACUUCCUCAUUGACCUGCUCGCUGUGGCCAUCCCGGUGGUGCCAACGGUGGCGUGGCUGUGCCGCGGUCCAGUCCGUGGUGGUCAGCCCAUGUACCACAUCGGGUCGCUGCUGCGAGGCUGCUGCACUGUGGCACUGCACUCGCUGCGCAGGGGAGGAGGGCUGAGGCAUUACCCCGCGGGCGGGGGAGACUUGGGUGGAUCACUAAUAUAAGAAAAGAACAUGUUCAGCACUUCUUUGGUCCCUAAAAUGGAACCUGUCCUGUUUUGAGUCUUUAUCUUCUGCUGGAUGAAAGAGGGAUGUGAGGAGGUGGAGAAAUGGUGGUGGUUGUGAGUCGAGGGAAAUGAUGGAGGCACCAGGAACAGGAAAUUAACGUUUCUGACUAAGACUUCUGACCACAUGUGUAACCUGUUGCUGUGAGUAGGGAAGUGUAAUAAUGUCACGCCAGAAAAAUAUAGAUGAAUCAGUAUCACAUUAUAACGUGAAAAGUUGUUUUUCACAAAAUACUAUCCUGUUUUCACUUCUUCUUUGUUCAGUGAAUACAAAGCAAUACUAAGAAAGUCAAAGACAAAAUAAUUCAAAGUAAAUAAAUUAACAAUACAAAACAUAGUAGUAAUAAUUAUGAUACUACUUGUAAUAUGUAUAUAUGCAGAAAUACAAAGAACAUCAAUCCACAACACAUAUUUUAAAACAUGAAAAAGUGCAACAAAUAUAAUAUAAUGGGCAAUCAUUUCCAGACAAAAAUAGAUAAGUAAAACUAAAACAAAUGAUAUAAUAUAAAUAAAAAUAUAAAAUAAUGGACUGACAUACCAAGUACCUAAAUGACAUUACUAUAGCAUGAAAUGUUUCACAUUAUAAUGAAAUAAGUUGGUGUUAUAUGCUGUAUUAUGCAGUUGUAUUAUGCUCUCUACAAAAACACUUGCUAUUGAGAUCAUUUUAUGUUAAGAUGUGAUACAGUUGUGUGUGAUUAUAAUGUGAAAAACACAGUUUAAGCUUCAAACCUUUCACGUUAUUGUGUGACACUGAUGAAGUUUUGUUUUUCUGGCACGGCUGUGAUGGUCCGGCUAUUGUUACUAACAAAAUUUCUGCUAACAUUUUCUCAAAUGAAUGAUCUUUGUUUGGAUGUUUGACGCUGAUUGUCGUGUUUUUAAGUUCAUGGGAAAAUGUUAAUGAUCAGUCAAAUCCAUAAAUCUCGGUGAGAAGGAUUAGGACCAAAAAUUAAAAAAUAAAAAAGCCAGAAUUUUUUCCAGGAAAUCAAAACACAGAACCACAAGCUCGAGAACCUCUUGCUCAUUAUGGAGUUGGCCCAGGCUGGAUUAGCCAAAGAGGGGAAAGCCAUGGGCUUUCAGACCAGUGUUGGCGGUUCGGCACCAGCAUAAAAAUUUUAAAAUAAAAAAGCCAGAUUUA